AUGGAAAACUCAACUGUAUCUCUUGUUUAUGAUACUCUUCAACUGAAUGGACUACACGAAGACAGCCUCAUUUUUCAGUUGGUGCGAUAUCUCAAAUAUUGCAGUGUAAUAACAUGGAGGAAACUACUCAAAAUUCAUCUGAUUACAUUUAAAGAACUUGAUGAAUUUCAACGUCUUUGGAACCACUGGAGCGUGGGCCCGACUGACGACAAACCUAUGCCUUACCACUCGAGUCCCAAACAUUCAACCACUACUCCACAAACUUCGCCAAACCUUGGAAGCACCCCGGAUUCGUUCACAGAUGAAAAGCUUACUAAUACAGACACAACCAGUGCACUCCACUCAAUGCUUUCUGCCAACGGUCCUGCCGAUUUCAAUAUACCGUCAGAACUACUGCAAACUUCCCUCUCGCCUACUUCGCUUCCUAACGGUACCUACCGUUUGGAACCGAUGACAAAGGACAAUAAGUCAACACGUUCAUCUCUGGAUAGGCUGGAGAAGUUGGCCGAGAUAAAAUCCAGCGUAUCUUCCACCCUGAGUAAUGGAGGUUUUCCUUUCGAAAAUCCUUCUCCUAACGUCUCCCUGCAGUUUCCAUCAGAUCCAAGCAUAAGCCUUUUCCAGCUGAAUCAGCUUGCACAACUGUUCAUUGGACACCAUUCCCUGCAACAAGCCACACAGCCAGUUCCCCAAAAAUCAAACCAAGAUUCUUCGAGUAUUGUUAAUUUACCUGGAUUAACCACAGAUAUUCACUUUGACUCAUCCCGUCAAAAGUAUGGACUAGAUGACUACGUUCGCGCGUGCUUGACCUCCAACAGGGAGUCUUUCCAACUGAGACCGAGCGCUGUUGUGAAGGAUGGAUUCGAAGCAAGAACGACGCGAAGCAGUGUAGUAGGAAAACCCAAUCCAGAACAGAAAAAAUCCGAUGGAUUUUCUAUUCCAAGUCUCCUUGGACGUUCAGACGAAGUCAAAGAUUGCAGACGGUUUCCUACAAAUUGUUCCCCCAAAGGCUCGUUCACACCAGAAAGAUUUAAUUGUAACACGUGUAGUCGGACCUAUUCUACCCAUACUGGACUAGUCCGACAUCAGGCUCACAAACACGGUAAUGUCCGUUUAGCUUCUCAGGCGGCAGUUCAAUUGAGACCAUCAUCAGAAGCCUACAAAUCACAAAUAAAACCACCGGGUACUUCAUCGAUCAGUGCAGGUAUCCGGUCAAACGAACCUGUUUUGCGUACAGUGCGACCACCACACAGACUGCGUACAAACGUCCAGAUAGAAAAAAUGGGCGCAUUUGAGCCACAUGGAUCAGCAAAUGCUGUGAUGGAAAAUCAAUUUUUCGACGCCUCUGGCCAGUGUCGAUCAGAACGACCAUUCUGCUGCCAUAUUUGUACAAAGAUUUACUAUUCAAUGUCUGCGCUAAAAAUGCAUGUCCGAACUCACACGCUUCCCUGUAAGUGUAAUCUCUGUGGUAAGGCUUUCUCACGUAUGUGGCUGCUAAACGGCCAUUUACGGACGCAUACGGGUGAGAAGCCCUUUGCUUGUGUUGUUUGUGCCAGGGCUUUUGCGGACCGAUCCAACCUCCGAGCCCAUAUGCAAACCCAUUCAGAAGUGAAACGUUAUCGUUGUGUGCGGUGUUCAAAGACUUUCUCACGAAUGGGACUACUUACAAAGCAUCAGUCCAGCUCAUGUGGCCUGAACAACAAUGGAGAUGUCACUACAAGCCGCCCUUCGGAUACGAUGAGUGAAGAUUUGUUGUUGGACAGUGAAACCUCAAGUUCACCCAUCACCUCACCAAAAGGUAUUACAUGA